GGCAGGGCAACCAAUGUACACCACGUCGCGUGCGGGUCAUUUCGGUGGAAAGUUGGCGAAUUGGUGGAUAGUGGCUGGGGGGGUGUCUCGCUAAGGGGAGAGGUGCACACAGUGUGUCAUCCCCCUGCAGCGCUUAUAUUGUGGGACCCCCCACGCUUCCCUGAAGGCAGCGCGACUCCGCCGCACCACCGCUCCACCGCGCACACUCACAGCCAGCAGCUCACACCACGAUGAUAAAGCUGGAGGAGGUGUUCACGCUCGAAAUUUUAAUAAAAAUUUUGAGCAAGAUUUUCGUGAAGGGGAACUACUGCAUAACGAAGGAAGACAUCAACACGAAGAACUGCCGAGUGAUGAUUUUCGAGUCCAAGCUGGAGAUGCCCAAUUUGAAGAAAAACGGAGAGGAAGAAUUUAUGAACAUGCUCUUCUAUUUCCACAACAAAAAUUAUUUGUUCUUCAUUGUAUACUGCCUGAACAAGAAGAAUAUCGUCUACCUAAAUUUUUUCAACCCCCUACUAAGUGAGAAGGAGAGUAUCGAGUCGAUCAAUUUGUUUUUCAUUAACAACUUCUUCCCGCAUAUCAUUUUGGGCCUCAACAAUGGAAAGGUCUUUCUAUAUAACCACGAAGGAAUUAUCUGCAUGCAGAACAAAUUUGUAGAUAGUAAAAUUAAGCUAAUUUUUUUGGAGCGCCAUAAGGAGUACAUCCUCUUGGUGUAUGAAAACAACACCGUGGUGAACACAAACAUUUAUUUGAUCAAACGAGCGUUGGAAAUCAACUCGAAAGUUUUGCCAUUCGAUUACUGCUUCACCGUUAAUAAAAAUAUGAGCAUAAAUCAUAUCUUUUUAAGGAACGCUAAUUAUUCUCCUGAAGUUUUUAAAAAAGAUUUAUAUUGCACGUACAGUAGGGACGACCUGACUAGGUACAUCAGCGAUGCGAUUAAUUCGCAGCAACCUCAGUUUAAUAGAAUUGCUAAUGCCAAUUAUGUAAUCACGUCCAAGAGUAUAACCAUUUCUAUAAGUUGUCUCAUUCGACCGAAUCCUUCUAAUGACCUUUUAACGAAGAAGGAAAAUUUUGGUGCAUCAGAAAAGCUUAGUUCUAGGAUUAAUAAUUUUUUGAAAAAUAUGUUUACGAAAAAGAGUGACUCCUCUGCUGCGAUGGUAGCUGCGUCUGCUUCUUCAGGGGGGACAACUUCUCCAGCGGUAGGACCUUCAGUGGGUUCCCCCUCCACAGCGUUGUCCCUUCCUUCUUCUAGUGCUGCAUCUGGCUCCGCUGGGGUGCAGCCCACAGAAGCAAGUGCCAUCCCACACCAUAGCAUGCCCAAUACGUAUGGAAACACAACGGAUAACCUCAACACGCAAGUGGUUCACAGCUUUAACGAUGCGAAGAGGCAAAUUAUUGACAUUUGCAUUUGCCCUUGGAAUCAAAACUUGGUAUUGGCGUUAGACAAUUUAGGAAGGAUCUGCCUCUUUAACAUUUGCACGUUGAGCAUUUUGCACAUGUGGAAGAGUUACCGCUCGGCUUUUAUGAGCUUUAUUCAGAGGAGGAAGGUGGGCAGUCGUCCUUCGGCUAGCGUGCCCAAGGGGGGGGCCGCCGCCACUGGCACGAACGCAGCUGCGACUGCAAAUGCAAAUGCAAAUGCAACUACAACUGUUACCGCGAGUGCAACCGCGACUGGCCAGGGCGAAAGCGCAGAGCAGCUGAACGACAAGGCAAUUCUGUUUUACCUCAAGAGCAGGAACUUGAUCGAAAUUUGGGACCUCAAGACGCUGCACAAGGUGUAUAGCGUGCGCACCUAUGAGGACCCCCAGCUCUUCAAAAUAUUUUUUGCAGACCACGACGUGCCGAACAAGAUUUACUUCUUCAGCACCAGCCACCACGUCUUCCUCAUGAACACCAACUUUGAGUUGUUCCACGUUAAGUGGCCGGCCUGACGCGCCGCGGUGGUGCCAAUUGUGGAGGUGUCAAUCGCGGUGGUGUCAAUCGUAGUGGUGUCAAUCGUAGUGGUGUCAAUCGCAGUGGUGUCAAUCGCAGUGGUGUCAAUCGCAGUGGUGUGAGUAUUCACUACGCGGAAUAAUCGCUCCUUUUUUUUUUUUCCCCCCACCCGCUUCUCCCCUGCGAUGCCUCCCUUAGCCACAGGGGGGUCCUCCUCGUCAUUUUUAUUAACCCAUAUUGUCGUCCCCGUUAUGCUCAUCACUUCCCCUUUUUGUUCUCACCACCUGUGAAGAGACACCACCGCGACUUUUGUUUAACAGUUUGCCCCUAC